AUGACCUCGUUUCGUCCGUUGCUGUCAACGGAGCUUGACGAUGACAGCGUCAAGAACCUCUUGAACAUGAAUGAUGGCCGACGGUCACAGCUCAGGCCAUCGAUUUGCCAGGAAUGGCAGCGACACAGGAACGGCAGGAAAAGCGUCAUGUCAAGCGACCAUUACAUAUUGAACUCAAAAUUUAGAGGGGACAUUAAGGAAAAUGCUCCAGAGCCAAAUUUGACUCGUGCAAUGACGAUGAACGGUUCGUUUGAAGCGAACGAAAUGGUCGGGUUGUCAAUGUGA